AAUAAUUAUACCUGGGGUCGGAUCGGAAACUAUAAUAUUGUCAUUAUAUUAUUAAUUAUUGGUAAAAUCGGUACCGUAUCCGUAACGAUAACCGCGAUAAAUAUAAUAAAUUCUUUUCCACACCUUCGUUUCGGCCUAAUGGUCGGCAUCGGUACCGGGGUUCUUAGGUUAACGGAUAAUAUUAAUAUCCGUUUUGGCGACGUCGUCGUUAAUUAG